AUGUCCAUGUACCCUAAAGACGACAUUCUGCUGAGACUGUCAGAUCAUGUGAUUGAAGACCACAAACGCGAUGCAUGUACAGUUUUUGAGGAAAAAACUGCCAGGUUUUCCACUCAUCCUGCUGAGUUGAUGUGUGAUGAUCCUGAUCAUGGCAAAUCCUCUGGUGAGCAAACUGAACAAGUUGUUAUGUUGGAGAAAAUGGGAGUUUCUGAUCCCAAGAGUGACAAGAUCAAUGGGCAGAUGUUCACUGCUGCUGUGCUCCAUAAUUUAUACUCACAUUCAGGUUCUCAUCCAGAUCUUGUCAUUCUCCAAGGCUCACAAGCAAUAACAGAGUAUCACAAUCCGGAUCUGCUUGUCAGUAUGUAUCCCAUGUUGUUUCCCUGUGGAAUAGGUUGGUUUGAAGAUCCACAGAGACCAACCACUCUAUCAUUUGAGGCUCAAGCCCAUUACUACUUGGAGCUGGCCGACUGGUCGUUUCGUUACCAUCAUUCUUACCUGUUUGUGGCAUUGAACAUGACUCAAUGCUGGGCUGCACAUUUACAGACAUUCUUCACAGUUUGCAAAUCAAACUUUGAUGAUGUUGCCCGCAAACUCACUCAGGUCUCUCUAGCAGUUUUGGACAAUCUCGCAUAUUGA